AUGCCAUUCCUGGGCUGGGCGCGCACACACGCACUCGGGUCCCGCGCCGAUGCCGGCAGGGAGCACCGCGUCGCCGAGGCGGCUGCGCGAACGGCUGCGGGCUCGGGCUCGGUGGCCCGCCGGACGCCGCGGGCGAGGCUGACACGCGCACACGGACGCAGCCGCGCGGACCGACCCCGCGCUCCGCACUCACCGGAACCGGCAGGCCGCAGCCGCCGCGCGCCGCUGCCCGCUCCACGACCACUUUCCGCGCUCGCCGCCGCCGCCCGGCCGCUCGGCUGCUGGAGGUUGACUGUCAAAAGUCGGUCGGAGCGGAGCCACCGGGAAACAGCUGCAGGAAGUCACUGCGGAACCGGGAGGCGGCGGCGGCGGCGGAGGCGGAGGCAGGGCUCCCGGCGGCGCCACUGCGCAUGUGCACAGGCAGCGGCGGCUCCCGCAGACCCGGGGCGCGGGGCAGGUGCCGGACGGCGAAGCGAGAGGGUACACUUCCCGGGCACAGAUGGCUCCUCUGAGCUGCCCCAGCCUACCCUGAAAGCGAUGCGGGCAGAAGGCUGGCACAGCCUAGUAGGAGGGCGGAGGUUCUCGUCUGGGACCUUGGAAACUAUACUCUUCCUGCGCCUCCGCCCAGAGAUGUAGGGAAGCAGCGCGGCCCAGGCCUCACGGGGCUGCAGAACCCGCACAGAGGACCUCCGCUCACCUGCACGAGGCUGGGAGAGGAUACUGCCUCCUGACCCUCGCCGCCUCACCUGCAGGACCGGACGGGCAGCAGACGCCUCCGGGACAUCUUCAAGAGAGACGCUAAGAUGGAUUGCAGCCCUAGGGUUCUGCUGGCAUAGUACCUUCUAAUUCUGCAUGUGAUUACUUGUAUGGCGUCUGGGUUUUUCUCCUUGGACAGCAUGACACAGAUUUUUCCAUUUACCAUCGGCAGAGUAUGGUUUCGCAGCAUCAAGUACUUUUACACUAUGUGCGGUUAUUGUGUAAUCAUAAACUAAAAUGCCAAGGAGGACAAAAGCAAAUCUCAAUGACGUGUGGCCGCAGCCUACUUGUGUGACUGUGCGCUGAUGGUGAGCUGGCUGAAGGCACACCUGUAUAGGACUUGGACAAUUCCUGAAACAAAAGAGAGGACCGGAAGCACUAGUGGAAACCAGUGGAGUCGCUUAAAGCUACGUGUCACAGUGUCCACACAGAUCCCAAUAGCCAAAGCCACUCCUGCCACUAAACCUCAAGCCAGUACGGCCAUCUCUGCCUGCAUGGGCAUUUGGCAUGGUGAUGGGUGGCAAUGGAGAUGGAUCAUUCCAAACGAAAGUACAAUCUGGGGCCAGCGAAAUAAAGUGGGUAAAGUG